GCACUUAGAAGAACAAGUAGACUAAUGGAUUAGAUAUGUAUCCACCUCUGCAUUUCCAUCAUCCUCAUCAUCAUCAUCAAUUCAGCAGCAUCAUCAUUAUCAUCAUCAGCUACCUUUCUACUUUGUCCGUUUCACAACUGACCAAUCUAUCUUGCCAAAAAUCCUUUCUCUCUCUCUCUUAGCUUGGCUUCUUCUGCCUUUAAGCUGUUCCUGUCUAAACGUCCGUACGUUCAAGUUUGUUCUGGAUGCUUUUGUGCUCUCUUGUCACUUGUCAAACACAUCUCUGAGAUCUUUGUCUGAUUCCAAAGAAGAUGGAAGCCUCCAAAAGUAGUUUUCUUGUAGAGGUGAACAACAUUGAGAAACAGCUAUGGACAUUAAUCCAUACAAAAGGUAUACUGCAUCCAGAUGUUUCAGAGCUAUACACGAAAGCAGGUUCGACCUACGAGCACAUCUUCAAAAGCAAUCUCCAGCAAGAAGAGCUUCAAGAAGCAGAGUUCUGUCUUUGGAAGCUUCACUACAAACACAUAGAUGAGUUUCGAAAAGGCCUCAAAGCAGAUGAUCCUGCCAAGUCAAACACUCAUAUCAAAGCAUUCAAGCUGUUUCUGUUGAGAGCUGCAGAGUUUUACAGGAAUCUGAUUUCAAAAGUCAGAGGAUAUGACUACAAGGGACUCUCUGAGGAAUCUAGAGGAAAAAGCAGAUUCUUAUGCCAUCGUUUCUAUAUCUGUCUUGGAGAUCUCGAAAGGUAUAAAGAACAGUAUCUGAAAGCACAUGGACAUUGCGAUUGGUCAACUGCAGCUACAUACUAUCUUGAAGCUGCAAAGUCUUGGCCUGAUAGUGGCAAUCCUCAUAACCAGCUAGCUGUAUUGGCCACUUAUGUUGGUGAUGAGUUCUUGGCUCUUUACCACUGUGUGAGAAGCUUAGCUGUGAAAGAACCUUUUCCUGGUGCUUCCAACAAUUUUAUUUUGUUGUUUGAGAAGAACAGGUCUUCUCCUUUGCAGUCUCUAUCUACUGAUGCAGAGUUUAACUUCUUAAACCCAUCAGAGAGAAAUGUCACUGUAAAAAACUUUGAUUUCUCAAAAGUAAAAGGAGAGUCAGAGUCUGGAACUGACUUAUGGCCACUUGUUGUUCGAACAAUAAGCUUCUUCGUCCUUAAAUCCAGUUUCGAUGAGUUUGGUUGCACAUUUGCAUCAACUAUGAGAGAGUUGGAUGAAGCGUUUGCAGCAGAUGAUAGAAACCUAGAAGCCAUGUUGGAGUCUUAUCAAGUUAUGGACUCGGCUAGAAAGGGACCUUAUAGAAUCCUCCAACUUGUUGCGGUUUUCGUCUACAUCUUCCACAACUUAGCCGAGUUUAAUGAACCAGACAAGGCGGAAGAGGAAGUAAAGCUAACAAACUUAGCAUUAACAAUGGUGUUCAUCAUCAUGGGGCGAGUUGUUGAGAGGUGUUUGAAGACUAGUCCCUUGGAUUCUUGCACUCUCUUACCUUCUCUACUUGUAUUUCUAGACUACUUGCCGUUUCUGCUUCACAAGGCAGAAGAAGAAGGUUGCAGACUUGAGGAGAAGAGCGAGAUUGCUAUAUCUUACUUCUUUAGCAAACUUGUUGAUUUCUUGAACCGUUUAAAGGUGAAAGGACAAAACUGUUCUGCUGAAGUGAUGGUAGCUCUUUGGGAAGAUCAUGAACUGAGGUCCUUGUCUCCUCUGGCUCAUAUACAUCUACUUCUAGAUUUCUCAACUCAUAAGGAACUAAGAGAGAGUUUUGAAAGAGGGAAAGAGCUUCGUCUUCAACGGAUUGUCAAUUCCACUAUUGAGAUCACAAAUAGACAGAGGUGGUUAUACUUUGACAAGCAAGGCACUCGUUUCUACACAACUUCAGGUGAAAGACAAUGCAAAGAAGAGCUCUCUCACAGAAAACGUGUUACUAUAGGAAAGGUUGAGAUCAUCCCUUGUGGGAACGAAAGAUCUGUGCCUGCAGAAGAGGAAGAAGUCAUUCUUCUCAAGCCGCUCGUAAGGUGUCAAUCUGCUCCAAUCUCUUCUUCUGGCAUUGCUGCGAAGCCACUCAGCUCUGAUGACACAAGUUCAGGAAAUCAAACAACAACUUCACCUGAUGAAAGCCUAAGACGUACCUCAUCACUCAUUGUGAACCAUAGCCCAGAGGAUACUAACUCUGGAAGUUUCAGCUUCAUGCAAGGUCUUAAGAAUACAGAUCCUCACAUAGAAGAAGGCACAGUCUCAGAAAGACCUCCAUCGCUGAGCGCGUGGGUAGUUGACAAGAGUAAAGAGAAAAGUAAACCAAAUGGUUUGAGCCCUAUUGAUGAAACAGGUCCUGUGACAUCCUUUGAUAGUCUCUCAGUUAGUAGCAGCAUCACUGAGCAUCCUGCUUCUUCGUAUUCACCUCCUAUUCCGUCUGCUCCAUUACUACCUGAAGACGCUUCUUGGUUUCAUAACAAAGCAGAGAGCUUCUAUGACCAGACAAGAUAUAUGGAACCCCCUGGUUUCAUGAAGUCAUUCACAAACCCACCAUUUGUUGGGGUUUCUUCUUCUGAAUGGUUACGUCGAUACAGAGAAAGUCAGAAUCUUAGACCAGCCAAUUCUUACCAGGCUCAGGGGACAAACAAUUUGAGAAACUUCUUGGAUCAUGGAUCACCCAAGUUCAGUCUCUUAGCUAGGUACGGGACACCAAAUGAUCAAUCAAUGACCUCUUCAGAAAACUCAAUGGUUUAUCCUCAGCUCUACAUGGAGGACCAUGAACCUAGAGGACAGAAGUUGCGCAACGGUCAAGAAAGCACAAAAGAGGGUUAUGGCUUCAGUGAUGACCCUGGACCGUUUCUUAGGUACCUGAGAGAGAAAGAGCUCAAUGAGAAUGGUCAGAGGUUAAGAGAACCUUCUCCUGCAUAUAUGAACAACUAGAGAUGCACAAGUGAGUUAAAAGGAAACUGUUACAAGUAGUAACAACCUAUAGAUAUCGUUCUUAUUUCCUUGUAUUUGUUGUUCAAUUUUGCAAGAGAAUGAAAACACAUCAACAAAAAAGUUUGGUUGUACAUAAAGUAACAAACAAAGUGAACAUCAAAAGUUUUUUCAAGUUCA